UACGUUGUUUACAAAGAUUUUAUAAAUUAUUUUCAUCCUUUAUCCCUUAAAUUUAAACACAUUUUCCCUCGACUACGUCCCACUGUAUAUUCAAAGAGCCUUCAAAGAGCGCCUGCGUUACUUUUGUUUUGGACUAACUACUUUUUGGUGCCGCGCUUCAUUGUCCAGUUUAUCUUCUCCGCCAAAGGCGACUGGAUGAUACAUCCUCCUCUGCCAGGAUUCUAGUAGAAACCCUUUAACCACAUAAAAAAAACAACUGUCUUAGACAGCAGAAGAGGAGGAGGAGGGAAAGGAGGACUAACGACUGACCCUGAACCCUGAGUCUGCCGACACUGAACUUGCUCCACGGCACUAGGGCUUAUUGGUUCCACGAGUAGCCAGAAUGUCCAGCAUGGCACGCUUUCGGAAGGUGAGCAGCAGUCCCAGCGAGGAGCUCGAACCGGAGGCGAGUGCAUCGCUGCUGAAGUCAUCCCCGAAUAUACUGGAGAACUUUGCCUACGACGAGUUUCACAACCAUCAGCGGCUCAAGCGCAUGGCCACCGCACCCAACUCGGGCUCUGGCUCCUGCUCUGGCUCGUCCAGCUCCAACUCGUCUGCCUCGAAGAGACGGGAGCCCAAGUUCUGUGACACUCUGGAGCGGCAUGCCUUCAUGCGGAAUGUGAUCAACACGCGGCAGCAGCCGGAGAGUGUGCGUCGCUACUCCAGUCCCGGGGAGAAGGAGGCCCAGGUGCGGCGCAGCCUGGAGGAGAUCACCAAGGAUCUCAAGGAGAUCGAACAGUUUGUCAGCGCCACCGAGGAGCUGCUACAAAAGGAGAAGGAGCAGGAACAGAUCCUGCACUCCGUCUCCAACAAGGAGAACAAGUCGCCCAGCCCCAUCAAGAGGGUCACCUACAAGAUCAAUGCCUACAAGGCUCCGCCACGACGUCAUCGUCCUGGUAGCCCGAGGUUCUACCACUCCAGGCUGUACUUCAGAAAUGGCAGGAUCGGUUGUGUGGAGACUGCGGAGCAUCAGAACAAUGUGGGGGCCACGCAUGCUCUGGUCAAGCAUAUCCUAAGGCAUGAGAAGCCACUGGUUAGUCCUGACAGUGUGAGAAGAGUCCUCGAACCAGAGAGCUUCGAGAUGGUGCCUCUGCCAGGAGCAGCUGUUCCCCCAGAAGUAGUGCCCGAUCCCAUAGCCCUUCAAAGGGCAGAGGAGCUGGCUGCUGCCACGGGUCAGGUGGUUCUGCCCAAGGAGGAGGAUGAGGAGGAUCAAGAGCAGGCCGACUCCCAACCCAUUAUCGACGAGGACGAGCAGGAUGUGCAGAUCUGCUACAACGAAUCCCCGGAGCUCCAGAACGAAGAUCGCAACGAGCGGGCGCAAGGAACACCGUCCAUCAACGAGAGCGAAAUCGUGGCUGUCGAGGUGCGGGAAACGGAAGUGGAAAUGGACAUGAACCUGGAGCAUCGCAAGCCUAGCAGUGCCGGUAGCUUGGACUCCCAGGGCCAGCAGUUCCUGCGCGACCAGGUCCGCCACUUGGUACGUCGCUUCACGGCCCGGGCCAACAAGGUCAAGUCCCGGAUUGAGCUCCCACCGACUCCUUCGUCCAGCAGCACGGCCAGUUCCCCGUCACCGCCGCCAACUAAGAGCCUGCAUCCCUCGCCCGAGCACAAGGUGCGUCUAGUGCCGGCAGGUCAGUCGCCCCAUCACCGUGGCAGGCUUUUCGAGGCGGACACCACCAGGUCGAAUGCCUGGCUUUGCUCCAGUCUGUGUGGAGCGAACAACGAUGAGAGGACUUUGGAUCCGCAGGGCAAGAUUUACAUCUCCUGGCUGUGUGUGGUCUCGCUGUCCUUUCUCUACAAUGCCUGGGUCAUUCCGCUGCGCUCCUCCUUUCCCUUCCAGACCAAGGAGAACACCAAUAUCUGGCUGGCCUGUGACUUUUGUGCGGACAUUAUUUACCUUCUGGACGUGGUCUUCUUUAAGCAUCGGGUCAUGUAUCUCUUUGAGGGUUUUUGGGUUAAGAACAAGAACCUGACCAGGAAGAACUAUAUGCGGAAGUUGCAGUUUAAGCUGGAUCUCUUGGCUCUUCUUCCCCUGGAGUUGCUCUACCUUAAACUAGGAACCGGCGCCGUUUGGCUGCGUUUUCCACGUUUCUUCAAGAUCCAAAGCUUCUGGGAAGUGUUUCGCCUGCUGGAUAGGGUUAUAUCCUCACCACAUUUCGUUCGCGUGGCCAAGACCCUUACCUAUAUGCUUUACAUGAUCCACAUAACUGCCGCCCUUUACUACGCUUACAGUGAUUAUCAGGGUUUGGGCAAGAAUCGCUGGGUGUUCAGUGGCAAAGGACAUCCCUAUGUCCGGUGCUUUGCUUUCGCCACCAAGACGGCCACUUCCAUAGGAAAAAAUCCAAAGCCGGAGAGGCAGGGCGAAUAUGUCUUCAUGACGGUGGCCUGGCUGAUGGGCGUAUUCGUGUUCGCUCUCCUUAUUGGUCAGAUCCGGGACAUCAUAUCCACGGCCACCAGAAAUAAGCAUGAGUACAGGCAGCUAGAGGAUGAGACGCUGGAGUACAUGAGGCGGCUCAAUCUCUCGCAGGAGGUGCAGUCCAGGGUCAAGAUGUGGUUCCAGUUUACCUGGGAACAGCAGAGAACCUUGGAUGAAUCCAACAUCCUAGAUGCCUUGCCCAUUAAUCUCAAGACCGACAUAGCCAUUUCCGUGCAUAUCCAGACCCUGUCAAAGGUCCAACUCUUUGCUGACUGCGAGGAGGCCUUGCUCCGUGAUUUGGUCCUCAAACUCAGAGCUGUGACCUUUCUCCCGGGAGACUUUGUCUGCCGCAAGGGCGAGGUGGGCCGGGAGAUGUAUAUCGUAAAGCUGGGCCAGGUCCAGGUGAUGGGUGGACCCGGCAGCGACGUAGUUCUCGCCACCCUCACUGAGGGCUCCGUCUUUGGUGAGAUCAGUUUGCUGGGCAUCAAUGGAGCUGAUCGUCGGACAGCAGAUGUGCGCUCCAAGGGCUAUUCCAACCUGUUUGUCCUCUCCAAAUCGGACUUGAACGAGGUCAUUGCCUACUAUCCCACGGCGCAGGCUAUACUCAAGAAGCGAGCUCGCCAAUUGAUGAGGAAAAAUGCUGCCCGUGAGCGUGAGGAGGAGCGAGAGCGAGCACGUAGUGCCCUCCAGGCGGAUGUGGUCAUUGGCAACCCCAAGACACCCGAGACGCCGCCGAAAUUAUUACAAACAGUCAUCCAGGCCCUGCCCUUUGAGUCACCGGCCGUGGUGCUCAUUACCCGAGGAUCGAAGAGAAUGCGGCGCAAGCGUCAGUCCCUGCAGAUGGAGACCAUUGUGGAGCCCAAGAUGGAGGUACUGGGAGCCAGAGCAGAGGAGUCACAGGAGCAGAAGAAGCCGGGACGCUGUUCCCCCGACCUGCUCUCCUCCAUCCAGCAGGAGCUCAAGACCAAGCACAAGUUCAUUAAUCUGACGGACUCGGAGAAGGCGCUGAUCAGUCAGUCGGCCAACACUUCCCUAGAGGACAUGCAGGUGGUGGAUCUGUAGGAAUCCCAUUCCAUUUAAUUGUAUUUAAUUGUUGUAACAAAAACCCAUAUUCUGCGAUAUAUAAACAAUUUUUGGCUUAAGGUUU